AUGCACCGGACUGCGAUCAGGCGUGUUACCCCGGUCGAGUCGUCCCUGGAUGAGUCUGCGAACAGAAGAGCCUAUCGACCGACUCCAGGCAGCCAACCAGCCACCCCCAUUGGGAUAAAUAAUGCCGAUAUCCUCGUUCUAGAAGAAUGUUCGAGGCCCCAUCCAGUCUCCAGAGAAGCCCCACAAAGUCGGGCCAAGCUUUUUCGAGCGUUUCUACACGUCACAAACAUACAGGUAGGCAGGCGUUCAAUGCGCCUAAUCUCACUCGUGAAGCGAAGAUGCAGGGGAAUAAUUAUGCACAUUUUGCUGACGCUCUGCUUUCAUGGCAGGUCUUCAAGGAAACUCUUUUGCCGCGACGCCAAUAAGUACUUUGACCUGCCGGCCUUCUUGGAGGUGGAUGUCCAGAUUCCGCUUGAACCCACAAAAGAGUAUACCCCAUCAUCAAUGGCCUUGCGACCAACUCGGCCUUCAUGGCUGUUCGAGGAACACCGGUUGGAGGCGCUCAUUGAGCAGAAUGACCUAACAAUUCCCCUCUCCGCGCUGCGCGCCAGUCGAAACGAAUGCAAGCUCGUCGACGAGGUGCUCAAGCGGAUUCUCUCCGAGCAAAAUAUCCAGACUAUGCCCGGGGAAUUCGAGAUGUACUGGGCGAAAACUCACCUGGCAAUGGAUAUACAGAGCAUCCUGAAGCGCUGGUGUAGCGCUGGGUGGGAUAAGACCUGGGAAGGCUCAGCGUUACGCAAUCUGUGCCCCGAGGUUCCCAAGCAGCCUGAGGAUCGGAAUAUGGACGAUGCAACCACCAACACCACCAACACCACCACCACCACCACCACCACCAUUGCCCCUACCGAUACUGCGGUGGAGCAGAAGACCAGGCUCCUGAAAUCUGAGCCCACCCACCCCAGAUUCUCCGAGCCCUUUGCCGCGGGUCGCCAGAGCUCGCAUUCGGGAUGGACGCCGUGCAAUGGCUCGGUUGCGCGACCCCUUGAAGCAGAAGCUGCUGCUUCUGCUGCUGCUGCCCGCGCAAGCUCCAGGGUAUAUCCCAUCCCCGUUCAGCCAGCAACCAAACGACAAUGCGAGGAUUCGGAUGACUAUUCGGCUCGGCGAGUCUCGAGGUCAAAGUCUGUGAAUUUCGGAGACCGAACCCAGUUUAUAUGCCCAUACCACGCCCAGAACGCGAACGAACAUCCCGAGUGUGCGAACAAGUCGUUCCCGAACCCCAGAAAGUUGAAGUGAGUUCUUCUAAUGCCAAUCAGUGCGCCCUUUGCCGUUGCCCCCUCUUCGCAUCGAAGGAAACUAAUAAAUUUCGCAGGGAACAUGUCUGGCGCUGGCUAAAACCCUUCAAAUGCCCCACGUGCGGGGAAGGGUUUGGCCGCGAGAAGACGCGAGCGAUUCACUGUGACCAACGCAAGACGAAAUGCAAGAGCAUGCCCUCGACGUACGAGGGCAGCGCCGAGCAGCGAAGGGAUCAGAAGAUUGAGUCUGCAAAGAGCACGAGGGAGAUGAUCGAGAUCUUUGAGGAGUAUGAGCGAGAAAAGCGUUAGUUGUACCAUUCGCAUCUCUCCCGAGUCGACUAACGUCUAUUUUCUCCGGCGCAAAGAGCUCACAAGUACCUCCUCUCAGACACUCCACGGGACAGUAACUCCUCCCCUUCCUCCACCAACCCCCACAAUCAAGACAAGAACAGCAACAACGGUGAUGGCAGCGCCAGCGACGGGUGCCGCCAAGCCAGAGGCUACAGAGACAACCAAAACGACAGAAGUUCCAGCCCGGAAUCCCAGAAAACCUCCAGUACUGGCCUUUCUGAUGGUUACAGCGACAACGGAGACAACUACGCUAUAGCCAAAUCGAACCACACAUAUAUGCAGCCCCAACAAACUAGCAGCGCUAGGAUGGGAGAAGGAGUAAGCAUAGACAUCGAUUCCCGAAGGGAUUCCGUCGAUAGUAGAGAGCAAGAACGAGAGGCAGAGGAAGCAGUAGGACUAGGUUUGAACCCACGCCGUGGCUUCGACCACCUUGAUUCCAACAACACCCAGCAUUCACUGAGCCAGGACUCGUUCCAGUACCCGUUACAACAACCCUUGCAUGAUGAGGAUGAGAGCCGGAAUCUCUACCUCUUCCCCCAAAUUUCGCCCGUCUUGAGCUCAUCGUCAGAUAUGGACUAUUCCGCUUCAAAUUCUCCCAACACUAUUAUAAAUCCCGGUACACUCUCCACAAAUCUCCUGUCAAACGUUCCCGAAAUCGUGGUUACCCACCCGGAACCGCAGGCUAAAAGCCCGACCAUCACCCGCCCGAGCGAUACGGACCCGUACACGCAGCAAAUUGCUUACUAUCCGAAUCCUACCUCCUGUUCCCCCCCCUCCAACGGUCUAUAUAAUCAUCACCACCAUCAGAACUUCAGGAGAGGAGGGGAGGAGGAGGAGGGCAGUCCAGGUACGGAGGAUGUGCCGUACGGGCUGAACUCGAGGGGGAUGGGUCAAGGCUAUGCAGCGGCGUCGCUCAUCUCCCCUGGAUAUGGGUCUUUUGGGCCGUUGCAUUUCAGGAUGAAGUAUGGUUGAGUGAUUUUUGGUGCUUGCUUACUUGACUGGCGGUGGGACGGUAGAAAUUGUGAUUUUUUUCACGGGAACAGCAACUACAACAAAAAAACAGGUUGAGAAUCACCAUUUUUCCAGAAGCUUAUGAUACUAGUUCCCUUUUCCCUUUUUCAGAUAUUGCUCUCCUUCUACUUGUUUAGUAUUAUAGUUUCGCUCUUCAUCCCAUCGAGUCCUUCUCACCACUAUUAAAUCUCCUCACUCCAUGUCUCCCUUCAGUCUUGUACCUAUCCCUUCUUUCCAUUUUUUAUCCUGUUCCCAUAUAUCUCAUCUUUCCGGUCUGUCAUCUUAGAAACGGUGUUCGGCGCAUGGCGUAACACCAAUUUGCUUUUUUUCUUCUUUUUUUCUUUUUUUUCUUCUUUCCUUUCCUUUCCUUUUGCUUUCAAGUCACUCCUUUUUUUCUACCAUCGAUACAUCCCACAAAUAGACGAUAUUAGUUCACGUUCGAGUCAGAAACGCGUGAUAAUUUCCUCCUCACGUCUACGACGUGGAAACGGAGAGGGUGAGGAAGAAAAAAAAACCCCCCCCUCAAAGCUUAACCCUCGUGUCUCCUACCAUACUUUGAUUGCUAGGUGAAGACGAAGCACAAGUGUACAAGCCCCAUCAGCACACACACACACGCACACACACACACACACGCGCGAUGUUUAAAAGUCAUGACCUGGCCCACUGGCUGUUUGGCAGGCGUGGCAAGACGGUCAGUGCCUCAUUUUCAUAGCACGGUAACUCAAUAUUUGCUUAGCGGGCAAGUGUACUCGAGUAGCAGCCUAGGCCCCAGCAUACCGUACCGGUAUCCUACUC